CGUGUUAUUCCACACGGGUUUUCCUCCCUGGCUGUGGGAAGCACGAGCGGGAUACAUUUGUGUGUUGGGAACUGUAGUCGAACCACGGCCGGAGAGCAUAUGGUUGGAUUUAGCAAAUGUUCAGGAACCCACCGCUUCUUCGUCUACUUCUCAUCUACCUGCUCCUCCAGAAGUGACUAUUGGUACCGUCGAUUCCUCCCAGGGGUCCCUUCCCCCGCAACACAGUCUGCUGACAAACCUCCGCUGUUCCCCUCCUCUCUGCUCCCCCUGUCCCUGUCCCCUCUCGCCACGGUCCUAGCCCCCAUCCUAGGCAACAUGUCCAUCACCCUGAAGCAGGUCUUCAACAAGGACAAGACCUUCCGGCCCAAGCGUAAGUUUGAGCCGGGGACGCAGCGUUUCGAGCUGCAUAAAAAGGCCCAGGCAUCGCUAAGCUCCGGAGUUGACCUGAGGGCGGCGGUUGCUCUGCCCCACGGGGAGGAUCUCAACGACUGGGUGGCAGUACACGUGGUGGACUUCUUCAACCGAAUCAACCUCAUCUACGGGACAGUGUGUGAGUUCUGCACGGAGAAGAGUUGUCCGGUCAUGUCCGGAGGUCCUAGGUAUGAGUACCGAUGGCAGGACGAUCACAAGUACAAGAAACCAACGGCUCUACCGGCUCCCAAGUACAUGAACUUGCUGAUGGACUGGAUAGAGGUCCAGAUCAACAAUGAGGAUAUCUUCCCCACCAGCAUGGGUAUCCCCUUCCCCAAGAACUUCAUCCAGAUCUGUAAGAAGAUCAUCUGCCGUCUGUUCCGGGUGUUUGUCCACGUCUACAUCCACCAUUUUGACCGUAUGAUCCUGAUGGGAGCUGAGGCCCAUGUUAACACCUGCUAUAAGCACUUCUACUACUUCAGCACAGAGCUCAACCUCAUAGACCGCAAGGAGCUGGAGCCACUGAAAGAGAUGACUUCUGGGAUGUGUCACUGAGAAGUAGCAGAACUACUGGAGCAGCUAAGGGACUAUCUGCUGGCUCGGCAGGAGGUUACCAUGGAGAUACGGAGGGGUACACAGUUGACUCUGAAGCUUGAUGACAUCAUCAGUGUGAUUCAACUAGCUCGAUGUCAUCACUGUCAUUCUGAUAGCAAGAGAAGAGCCUGUUACCUGCAGCUAUACCUGGCUGUCUGACUGACUGACUGGCUGGCUGGAUAUAUGGAUGGAUGAAUGAACGAAUGAAUGAAUGAAUAAUGAAUGGAUGAUUGAAUGAAUGAAUGGAUGAUGGAUAGAUGGCUGGAUGGAUGGAUGGAUGAUGGAUGGAUGAUGGAUGAACACUGUAGCAAAGACAUUCUACUAUUUCUACUGUAGUUAGAAAGGACCUCCCUCUCUAACACCACAUCACUGAGGAGGACCUCCCUCUCUAACACCACGUCACUGAGGAGGACCUCCCUCUAACACCACGUCACUGAGGAGGACCUCCCUCUCUAACACCACAUCACGGAGGAGGACCUCCCUCUAACACCACAUCACUGAGGAGGACCUCCCUCUAACACCACGUCACUGAGGAGGACAUCCCUCUCUAACACCACAUCACUGAGGAGGACCUCCCUCUAACACCACAUCACUGAGGAGGACCUCCAUCUAACACCACAUCACUGAGGAGGACCUCCCUCUAACACCACAUCACUGAGGAGGACCUCCAUCUAACACCACAUCACUGAGGAGGACCUCCCUCUCUAUCACCACGUCACUGAGGAGGACCUCCCUCUAACACCACGUCACUGAGGAGGACCUCCCUCUAUCACCACAUCACUGAGGAGGACCUCCCUCUAACACCAUGUCACUGAGGAGGACCUCCCUCUCUAACACCACGUCACUGAGGAGGACCUCCCUCUCUAACACCAUGUCACUGAGGAGGACCUCCCUCUAACACCACAUCACUGAGGAGGACCUCCCUCUAACACCACGUCACUGAGGAGGACCUCCCUCUCUAACACCACGUCACUGAGGAGGACAUCCCUCUCUAUCACCACAUCACUGAGGAGGACCUCCCUCUCUAACACCACGUCACUGAGGAGGACCUCCCUCUAACACCACAUCACUGAGGAGGACCUCCCUCUAACACCACGUCAUUGGAGGAGCUGAGUACCUAACUUUUACAUGAGUUGAUUGCAUAGUAGUGGUACAUCUAAAAUGGCACCCUAUUCCCUAUAUUGUACACUACUUUAGACCAGAGCCCUGUGGGUUCUGAUGAUUCAAAGUAGUGCACUAUACAGGGAAUUGGAUUCCAUUUGAGACGCAACGCUAUGACUACUAGGACCACCUGACUGACUGCCUGUAGAAUCUACACACAGGUUUGACCUCCUUUCUCCACUAUGGGGCGCUCUACAGUAAGACUAAAGCUUUGUAGAAUGCUGCACAUGGUUCAUACAAUGAUGAGGUUUUAAUUCACUGAUGAGGUUCUACUACACUGAUGAGGUUUUACUACACUGAUGAGGUUCUACUACACUGAUGAGGUUUUACUACACUGAUGAGGUUCUACUACACGGAUGAGGUUCUACUACACUGAUGAGGUUUUACUACACUGAUGAGGUUCUACUACACUGAUGAGGUUCUACUACACUGAUGAGGUUUUAGUACACUGAUGAGGUAAUGAUACACUGAUGAGGUAAUGAUACACUGAUGAGGUAAUGAUACACUGAUGAGGUAAUGAUACACGGAUGAGGUAUUUGAUGUGGACGGAUACAGACGUUUACCCGGUGUUGGUUACAGUUUGUCUAUUUCCUCUCCAACGAUGACAUUGUUUUUGUUGUUUAAUUAUGUCUUGUCUCGGAAACCUGCUUUUCCUGGUACUUUUCAAAUGAACAGAUAACAUCUUGUGAUGAUUUUCAAGUUCUCAUGUGUUUGUAAUAACGGUCUUUAGUGUGGAGACGGCCAAAUCAUUCAGUUGAUUUCCUUAAUUUAGUCUUAUGUUUUGUGAGUUUGACCUUGCAGACAUGACAAGUGUCAUUGUGUGUUUGGCUGGGAGCCGUCAUGUGGUUGAAUCUGUGAUUGCUUAGUAUAUAGUUUAUAACAAUUACAUUUAUUAGUUUAUAGUUUAUAACAAUGACAUUUAUUAGUUGAAUCACGUCGAGUUAAUUUGAUGUUUCAUCUGUGUACGUUUUUAUGAUUGAAAAGCAUAUGGACAGCGGUGUUUCUUCCACAUCUUUGUUGUAGAGAACUUAAAUACUGUGACUUGACUUCAGGUACCCAGAAUGAUCAAUAACAGCAGUACAAAUGGAAUAACCAACUGUAGCUUUGGUAGUUUCACAGGUCCUUUUAAAGCGCUGUUAGCAUUGUCUUACUCUUCAAGUAAGAUGUACAUCAAUCAUCGAUCAUGUUUUUUCAGUCACUUCACCGUGAGGACUUUAAAUCUGAGCCUGUAGUGCUGACAUCUUUGUCCUGGGGAAUAUGGUAGUCAUGUGUGAGACUUUAACAACACUAACCAUCCAGUCUGUCAAUACAAUCAUCACAGUCUGUAGCCUAACGUGUGAAAGUCCCAGCCUCGGUCUUACACUAUAUAAAGAAAACAAUGACACAUAUAUUUACUGUUCUGUUUUUAAUGCUGUUUGACUGUUCAUGAUUCCAUGUCAACAUUACCAGAAACAAUAAAGUGUUUUUUUGAUUCCUUUCUCA